ACCCAAAGAUUAGUUCAAAAGACCAAUUAAAACCCUAAGUCGCUGACAUGUUCUUUUCUUCCUUGAAUUUCUCAUAAGUUAGUUCCCACUUCAUCAUCUCCAUUCAUGCAUCGUCUCCUUCGUUUUCACAAAACCCUAAUUUCUUGAUCUCUACCAAGAAAUCAGGGUUUCAAUGAAAUAUUCCCGAUCGAGAAACCCAUGGUUGGUCUGAAGAAGUUUCUGAUGGAAACCCGGUUCUAUUUACUGAAUCUGAUAUCUGACCAUGCCGGUUCCGCUCUGUUUCUUCUCUCUUUCAUCAGACGAAUCUUCUUUGUCUUCUUCUACUGUUUCAGAGUUCCAAGAGACACGAGGGUUCACACCGACGCUUCGAAGAGUCUAUCUUCUUCUCCAUUGGAUUCGGAAACAGAGGAACUGCAGAAAUCCGACAUGGUCGAGUUAGAAAAUUCCGUAAACGAUGAUGAUCAAGAAGAAGAAGAAGAAGAAGAAUCUCCAAGGUUGGUCUUCAAAUUUUCAUAUCAGACGGAAACAUUCGAAAGGUUGAGCAGAGAGGGAUACAGAGGCGGCGACGGAGACGGUCUGGCUUCCACGGCCGACAAGUAUGAGACUUUUCCGGCGAAGAAUCUCAGUUUUGUCGCGGAGGAACCAAAGUCGGCAGCUUUUUCUGUCGAAGAAUCGUUCUCCGUCAAUAUCGCCGGUGAAGAUAAUGGUUUCUUGCAGGAAAAGUUAAUUUGUGGAGACACAGAGGAGUCUGUUUCAGGAAAUGACAGAACAGAAGACUCUGUUUCUGCAGACAAGAAGAAUCCUGAAAAACUCGUAGAAGGAGAAAGUCUUGAUUUUCCCGAGAAAAUCCGAUUCUUGGUAGAGAACGAUUUUCUGGAAAGCACGGAUUCAGAUUCGGGUAUGAUGGAUUCCAGUCAAACUUUCGCGAGUUACAGUGAAGGGUUUCUCUCAGAUUCAGAUUUCGACGAAUAUUUUGGUUCAGACACAACACCGGAGAUGGAUUCAAAGGAACAAUCAGAAUCUCGUAACAAUGGUAAGAAUCAAGAGGAGGAUUCAGAUUCAGAGGAAGAUUCGAACGGGUUAGAGAGUUUAUGGGAGCAUCAGGAUCUGAUAGAGCAAUUACAGAUGGAGAUGAAGAAGGUUAAAGCCUUUGGUCUUCCCACAAUCCGGGAAGACGAAGACGAGUGUCCGAAGAUAGUUGAAGAUCUCAAGCCAUGGAAGAUCGAAGAGAAGAAAUUCCGACAUGUCGAUACCAUUGGCGAGCUUCAUAAAUUCUACAAGACUUACAAAGAACGUAUGCGGAAAUUCGACAUCCUGAGUUAUCAGAAGAUGUAUGCUCUUGGGCUUCUUCAAUCAAAAGACCCUCUUCGAGCAAUCUCGGCCGUUGGAUCCCCUUCUUCUCGAGCAUUCUCAUCAGUUUUCCCGGUUAGUCUCCGGUUAUGGAAACAGAAUAAACCGGAAACAACAGACCCAAUGGUUAAGUUCAUAAGAGAGAUUCAUGGUGAAUUGGAAAACGUGUACGUUGGUCAGAUGUGUCUCUCGUGGGAAAUUCUUCACUGGCAAUACGAGAAAGCCAUUGAGCUAUGGGAAUCAGACGCUUAUGGAGCUCGUCGGUACAACGAAAUCGCCGGAGAGUUUCAACAAUUUCAGGUUUUGGUUCAGAGAUUUAUGGAAGAUGAGCCUUUCGAAUGCCCUAGGAUUCAACAUUACGCCAAGAAACGUUGUGUUAUUCGUAAUCUCCUUCAGGUUCCGGUUAUACGAGAAGAUGGCAAUAAGGACAGAAGGAAAGGAAGAAGGAGAGAUUCAGAGGAUGAAGCUGAUGAGAAUGCAAUCACAAGUGAGCAACUCGUGGAAAUUAUGGAGGAAUCCAUUAGGGUUUUUUGGAGGUUUGUUCAAUCGGAUAAACGUACGAGUUCGAUAAAACAGAAACGUACGACUAAAUCAAAGAUAGAACCCGAAGAAGGCCCCGAGGGACUGGACAUGUUUUCAGAGAUCAAAUCCAACCUUCAGAAGAAAGAGAAGAGACUGAAAGAAGUGCUGAAGAGUGGGAAUUGCAUAAUAAGAAGGUUAAAGAAGAAGAAGAGGCAAGAGGAGGAGGAGGAAGAAGAGGAGCAAGUGCUUCACUUCUUCUCGCAAGUGGACAUGAAGCUGGUGACGAGGGUUUUGAACAUGUCCAAUCUUACCAAAGAUCAUCUGGUUUGGUGCCACGAUAAGCUCACCAACAUUAACUUUGUCGAUAGAAAGAUACAUUUAGAUCCAUCUUUUUGUCUCUUCCCUUCUUGAUAUCAUAUAUAUAUAUACACACACACACAUAUUAUGGAACAUAUGUAAAUCUUACUAUAUAGCUGAUUAAAUACAUAGUAAAAGAGAGUUUUCUUCAGACGUUUAGCCACGACUACAGUAAUAUUAUAUAAUCGAAAUUCUUGCUA